UUUUCUAAAGUUUAAUUAUCGUCAAUAUAUUUAAAAUGGUGAAAAUUACACCUGAAUUAAUUAAUGAAUCUCCUCAAUAUUUUAACCCGCUUAAAGAUAGAGAAAUGGAUUUGAGAGGAUUAAAAAUAUCUGUUAUAGAAAAUUUGGGGGCUACCUAUGAUCAGUUUGAUUGCAUGGAUUUUUCAGACAAUGAAAUUAGAAAAUUAGACGGAUUUCCAUUAUUAAAAAGAUUGAAACAUUUAUUAUUAAAUAAUAAUCAUAUUUAUCGUAUAAGUGAAAAUCUAUAUAAAAAUCUUCCAAAUUUACAAACAGUGAUAAUGAGCUCAAAUAAUAUAUCAGAACUAACUGUAAUGGAUGUUCUUAAAAACUUAAAAUAUUUAAAUACAUUGAGCUUGCUAGGAAAUCCAGUUACAAAAAUUUUGAAUUAUCGUUAUUAUACAAUCUACAAACUACCACAGCUUAGACUACUUGAUUUUCAAAAAAUUAAACAAAAGGAAAGAAUAGAAGCGGAAAAGAUGUUUAAAACUUUAGAAUCUAAUAAAAUUGUAAAGGAAAAUGUUUUUACACCCGGAGAAAAAUUACAAUUUGGGGAGACGAAACAAGAUGUCAAAACUAUAUCAAAUAAGAAAAAUAUAAAUGCUAUAAGAGAAGCAAUCGCCAAGGCCUCAAGCUUAGAUGAAAUUGAACAAUUACAGAUUCUCUUGAAUGAAGGAAAACUAUAAAUUUUGAAUAUUUGACGAAUACAUUAUAUUUAUUUGUGAUAUAAAUAUAGUUUUAGUCUAUUUGCUUUGUGUGAUUUUCUGGGAAAACGCCCUUCUCUUUAGUUUCAACUUUUAUUCCAAACUUCCACCCAGAAUCCUUAAAAACAUAUAAAAUAUAUUAUAUAAAAUUUAUUGUUACUAAUUCUUGUUGUGAAUCUAUGACAUAUAUAUAAUCUCCAGGUUCGAACG